UUGCCGGCUCAAAGUGCAGAUGUAAACAUGGCUGCCUUGCGAUUCGAUGGACGCGUAGUGCUGGUGACAGGCGCCGGGAAUGGACUGGGACGAGCCUAUGCAUUAGCCUUUGGUGAACGUGGUGCCUCUGUUGUGGUCAAUGACCUUGGCGGGGACAUACAUGGUGGUGGUAAGACAGCCCGUGCAGCUGAUGUCGUCGUUAAUGAAAUCAGGGCCAAAGGAGGCAAAGCCGUGGCUAACUAUGACUCAGUGGAAGAUGGAGACAAGUUGGUUCAGACAGCACUGGAUAACUUCGGCAGAAUUGAUGUCGUUGAGAACAAUGCUGGCAUCCUCAGGGACAAAUCUUUUGCCAGGAUCAGCGACCAAGACUGGGACCUCAUCCACAGAGUCCAUCUCCGAGGGUCAUUCUUGGUGACACGAGCAGCAUGGCCGCACAUGAAGAAACAGAAUUAUGGAAGAAUUAUCAUGACCACAUCAGCUGCUGGUAUCUAUGGCAACUUUGGCCAGGCCAACUAUAGUGCAGCCAAACUUGGUCUCCUUGGUCUGAGCAACACCCUGUCUAUUGAGGGGAAGAAGAACAACAUCAGCAGCAACACCAUCGCCCCCAUUGCAGGUUCUCGCCUUACUGAGACGGUCAUGCCACCAGACUGGAUCAAGGCCCUAAAACCCGAGUAUGUGAUGCCUCUCGUCUUGUUUCUGUGUCAUGAGAGCUGCCCAGAGACUGGUUCCCUGUUUGAGGUUGGAGCUGGAUGGAUGGCAAAAUUGAGAUGGGAGAGAACUCUUGGAGCCACAGUCAGGAGGAAAAACAUAGCAAUGACACCUGAAGAUGUGAGAGACAACUGGGAAAAAAUUACAGACUUCACACAGUCCAGCCACCCUUCUUCUAAUCAAGAGUCCACAGCCGGGAUGAUAAAGGUGAUACAGGACAUAGAUGCAGCAGCUGAAGCACCACCAGCAGCCAGGCAGACACAGUCUACAGGCAUGGAUCCUGAGUUGGCCAAGGCUCAUGACUUUGCACCUGACACCUUCACCUAUGAACCUCGUGAAGUUAUUCUGUAUGCUUUGGGAGUGGGCAUGUCCACAAAAGAAGACAAUUACCUGCAGUUCCUGUUUGAGGGGUCAGAAGCCUUCUGCACAUUGCCGACAUUUGCCGUGAUCCCUGCCCAGAUGACCAUGAUGAAGGGUCUCAUGCAGGAGAUCCCCGGUCUCAAGCAGGACCCAGUCAGGGUGCUGCAUGGGGAACAGUAUCUGGAGGUGUACAAGCCCCUCCCUACUGGAGCCACGAUCACCAGUAAACUCAAGAUAGCAGAUAUCCUGGACAAAGGCUCAGGAGCUUUGGUUCUGUACAAUGUCGAGAGCUUUGAUGAAAAGGGCGAGAAGGUGGCCUUCAAUCAGUUCUCCAUCUUUGUGGUUGGGUCUGGAAACUUUGGUGGCAAGAGGGCAUCUGACGCCCUCAUCCCAACAGCCACAGUGCCGGCUCGUGCUCCUGACGCCAGCAUUACAGAGAGCACUCAUGUGGAUCAGGCUGCCCUCUACAGACUGAGUGGAGACAGGAACCCACUUCACAUUGACCCAAGCUUUGCUGCCAUGGCAGGUUUUGACACCCCAAUCAUCCAUGGCUUGUGCAGCUUUGGCUAUGCUGUGAGACAUGUUCUACGUCGUUAUGCCAACAAUGAUGUCAGCAGGUUCAAGGCUGUUAAAGUGAGGUUUGCGAAGCCUGUGUUGCCGGGACAGAGUAUUCAGACUGACAUGUGGAAGGAGGGUAACAGAAUCUACUUCCAGUGUAAGGUAGUGGAGACAGGUAACACAGCUUUAUCCGGUGCAUAUGUGGACUUGACAGGUAGCAGUGAACAACAAGCCUCUGUAGUGGCUCCCAGCCAGCUACAGAGUGACAAAGUGUUCGAGCUCAUGCAAGAUCAGGUCAAGUCCCGGCCAGGUCUGGCCUCCAAGAUUAACGCCAUCAUCAUGUGGGUCAUUACCAAGGGAGGUAAACCUGUCUCAGAGUGGACUGUUGACAUGAAAACAUCAAAGAAUGGUGACAUCUACCGUGGAAAGCCAAAGUCUGGGAAGGCAGAAUGUACACUGACAGUUUCAGAUGACAAUAUCAUGGACCUAGUCACCGGGAAACUAGCACCACCACAGGCCUUCAUGGCAGGGAAAUUGAAAGUGAAGGGCAAUAUCAUGCUGGCCCAGAAGCUUGGGGUCCUCUUCAAUGAACAAGCCAAGUUGUAAGGAAGAUAGUGUCAAUUGAUUGUCACCCAUGCUUUUUGGAUAGGUAUUGAAAAACUGUGAUUUUUAGACAAUUUCCUCAUCAAUGUAAAUAUGAAAACCUGACUUAUAGUAGGAAUGACAUCUUCAACAAUAAGUGUAGUCUUGUUUCUUCAUUUUUUAAGAAGUGAGAAUUUCAGUGUUUGCAAGAAGAAAAGGGUGAACAAUUAAGCUGUUGAUUAAGCAAUAAUAAUACUGCAUCAUAUAAGCAGAUUUAUUUCAUAUAAAAAUAAUUCAUAUGAAGAGUAAAUGAUCUUGCCAACCAAUUAGACCUGCCUGUCUGUAACGCUAUGACAUGCAUGGCAAGAAUUUAGUGAGUUCAACAAUAUUUCAUGUACAUUAAUCAGUAUACAAGAACAGUUGCAUGGAAGCAUUAUCUGACAUUGGAAGCUUAUCAUGCAUUGAUCUGCGUGAAUGUGUGAUAUAUAUAUUUCUACUGUCUAAAGCACAGGGAUUUUUAAAGAAUAUGCACCUGUGUAGAAAGAGUCUAUAAUUCACUCAUUACUUUAUCAAAACAUUUGUUUCAUUAAGUGUUGACCAAAGUCUUAUUUCUACGAUGUAAUUUGGCAACAGAAGUGACUUGUUAUAGCAAGGAUACUUAUUACAAAUGUAUCAUUUCUAUACAUCUAAUAAUUUCCUAUCGUGGAAUUUAAUAUAUUUCGCAUUUAUAAUAUUUGGUGAGAAAGAAAAUCAUGAAUUGUUGGAUAACCCAUAUUUAUCUUCUUCAGCAUUGUUUGUGAUAAAAGUAUCACAUGUGAUCACCUAGUAAUGUUAUUGCUUGAUGAGCAAGGUUUGAGUGAAAAUUGAAAAAUGGGGAUCAAACCAAAUGUGUGGCUGUGGUGAAACUGAUGCAAAUAUUUGGUAUAUAUUCUUGACCAGUCCACAUUUGCCAUAAUAAAACUUUUCUAUUUUCAAAA